CUAGUGUCUGAAAGAGCUGUCAGAGCCAAGGUGACACCACCGGAGGGUUUUGGCCCUGCUGUGAGGGCACCCACCAGUCCUGAGGACGCUGAGGUGGAAAACAGCUUGGAAGUGCUUGCUGUUCUACCUGAUAGAAAAUGGGUGAAUCCUAAGAUAAGGUCUCCUGCUAGAAGUGAGCCUUACAAGGGAAUGGGUAAGGUAACAAGUGGUUAGUGCCAAGGGAGCCUUUCAGAGAGAGAGCAAGGAUAUUGCCUGAGGUUUGUCCACUGGCAGAGAUGGCCUGUGACUAUACAGGUCUCGUGUGUGGGUUUGAACGUCCCAGCUGGGAAGUGUUCGGCAAUAUAAAAAGAUGUGCUGAGCCUUCAUAUAGCUUACAGUAGCACUUAGGCUUGGCAAAACCCAUAACAACGCAGUCAUCCAGCAGCCCUGCUGGAACUGCUGUGCAUGGUGAUGGAUUGCACUGGGAAAUUUGUAGCUGAGGUGCACAUGAAGAUAGUAUCUGAAAAUUAUAGUGGUUAUGUCCUAGGACAUGCAUUGUGAGGCUCCACUACCCACACUAGCAGUGUAUUUACUGUCUGUGAAAAUUUCUCUAACAAGACAAGCUUACUCAUUUUCACCAAGACAGUAAAGCAGCAUGGCUUGGCACAACUUCAGCAUGUAAGCAAAAAUUUGGCAUCUCAAUGUAGUAUUGGAUUAAUGAGAAGUUAACGAGGCCCCAAAGGUAUAAAUGGUAUCCUCCAGAUGCUGAUUAAAACAAGGAUAAGUUUCUGAAAUUUGGACCAGCUUAGACUGGUCACCAUGUAUGUCUACAAUCAAAGGAAUUUCAGUAUUAAUAAAGGAUUUUUUUUCUCUGGUAUUUUAAUCAUGGGAGUAAGAGCAAUGCUAAGAAUAGUCUUUAUUGUUUGGGUAUCUUAUGAUAGCAAAAGCAAUCUGUAAAGACAUAGUUACUGCUGUAGACAACACAGCCAGGGAAUAUUUUCAAGGCCCAGUGUUCAUUUUAACACUUUCUUUUAUGUCUCAGAAAAAAUGGAAUAUAAUUAUACAUUUCUAUAACGCCUUAUUUGCAGUACCCUUGUUCCACUCCUAGUGAGUAUUUUCUUUUAAAAAUGGAGAAUAUCCAGAGAUAGACAAUGAAUAAGAUUGGGUGAGUGGAAAGGAUGGUGUACAAGAAUAGACUGUAAGCGUUAAUCUUGUUUACAGAUAAGUCUGUUCCUGUCCGAUUAAUCUUAUUUAAAACAGCAGGUAAACUCAGAUUUACUCCCACCGGUAAAGAAAUUAAAUUGAAUGGCAAUAAUAAGCGAUGCAAGGGAAUACUUUCCUUGUUGAAGCUAAUAAGUCAGCUAAAUAUCACUUGCACGAUAGGGAUAUAAAUGCCAUUAAUGUUUAUGUAUACUCUAAUGGUGUUAUGUGUAUUAUUGUUCAGUGUAGCUGGUAGUCAGUAAUUGAUUAGAAGGAGAAAAAAAACUGUAGCCUGGUUGCCAGUUCAUUCUCAUGGUCUGAAUGAGAAUAAAUUACUUUGAUUUAUUCACUUUUUCAUGAUCUAAGUCACAAGACUCAAACAAUGGUUAUGGCACUAUAUAUGGGUGCUAUGCACAACCUGCCCUGAAAUUCUCAUAAUUGUGAAAGUCAUGCAUCUAUCAAGAAUCAAAGACAUAGAACUUCACAUCAGCAUUUUUCUCAUCAACUCUUUGUUUUACUUGUAUUUUCAACCUAAUGGUAUCUUAAUUCAGUAUUAAACCACAUUUGGGAAUAUUCUUCCUUCCUUAAAAUUUCCAUGCAAGGGUUUCUGUUUGGGAGUUUUUUGCUGUUGUCCAACCAGAGGAGCAGUUUGCAAGACCUCCUGCUCAUUUCACUUUUCUGUUUCACCAAAAAGGUGGGAAGCCAUACAGCUAUUUCUGUUACGUGACAUGCUUCCAUCUGUGGUUUGUUUUUUUUUUUUCCUGUACUUUUGUCUCUGGGAACUGACACAUUUCAAAAACCAGGCCCAUAAGCACACUGAACUCUGCCUGAUCUGCUUGAGUAAAACAUACUUUGAAGCAUCUGGUGCUUUGACAUCUGUGAAGCAAAAUAAUCAAGCUGAAAUAGUGUUACAAGCUGUGAGAGAAAUCCCCGUGCCCGUAACAGCUAGAAAGAACUAGCCGCAAGGAGUACUGCUAGGCUGGGAUGAGAUAUCCACCAAGCCAAGCUGGGAAAGCACUGGACAGAACAGCUGCAGUGCAAUCUUCAGGUUUUGUGAGUUAACGAUUUGAUGCCUUUGUGGAGGUCAGUUGGAACUUGUCAUUCUGUGUUUGUGAAAGGCCCAGGCAGAGGAGAUGCGUCUCGUCUCCCAUGUCUCAGAUGUUUUUCACUUAUCUUUUACUAAAUAGGCGAGGUGUUUUUGCCUGGUGCGUUUUACAUAUCUUAAUGAACCUUGCAUGCCUAGUACCUUUUCUGACCUGCUUUUGAAGAUCAAUUCCUACAGACAGAUCCCAUCCUAUCAGAUGCUUAAUGGUAGAAGAUCUUUGUGCUUUCCACAACGUAAGGCUGUCAGUCCAUCACAAACUUCCCUUUGAGUGCUCUGUUCAGUAGCUCUGAAGCGGUGAAGUUACAACUUCAGAGAUGCCACAAAGCGCGGUCAAGUGCUGAGGAUGCCAUUACAUCUGCUCGCCUGUCCACACCCUUAAUCGUAGAACCACUAAGGUUGGAAAACAGUCUCUUCCUGUAAAAGCACAGGAGCAGCACAGCUUUUUGGUACCACUGGUUUUGACUCUUGCUGCCUUUGCACAAGCCAAGAGACACGAAGGUGAUGCCUGUGCUGCCUGCACAAGGGCAGCUUAUCUGCAACAGAUGGAUGUGAGGACAGGCCACGUUUACUCCCACCACGUCCCCAUCCGUGCGCACCGCUCCUCCCAGCAGCACGGAUGCAGACAAAAGCAGGGGAAAGCAGCAAGUGGGCCCGCUGGCUCCUGCACAGCAGCCCCAGGUGCCUGUGCCGCUCGCCCUCGGGAGCCUCGCACACACACUCGGUCCGAGCCGGCAUUUUCCUGGCACCUCGCAGCUCCGCGUCUAUCGCCCCGUGCCUGGCGUUGCGCCUUCGUGCCGGGGUUUUAUGGCUCGGAGGAGCGGAGGAAGGGCUUUCGGAGAGGCGGGGUGCCUGCCGCCGCCAUCUUGUCGGGCAGCUCCCUGCAGGCCUACAGCCCCCAGCAUGCGCCGCGGCCGGGCGGUGCGGUGCGGCAGGACUACAGCCCCCAGCACGCCCCGCGGCCGGAGCCGCCCCAAGAUGGCGGCGCCCAGGGGCGGCUCGGGCCCGAACUCGGACUCGGACUCAGACAGCGGCGGCGAGGCGGCGGCGCGGUUCCGGGAGGCGGCCUGGGACUGCGUGAAGCAGGCGGCGGUGGGAGCGGAGCCGCGCGGUGGUGGCUUUAAAAAAGAUCGGUUACAGUCUGCUCAGCCUAGCCUAAGGCGUGAGGUGAAUGGUCAUGAUGAGGAUGGAAAUGAGCUACAGACCACACCGGAGUUCAGGGCACAUGUUGCAAAGAAACUGGGAGCAAUGCUGGACAGUUUCAUCACUGUCUUGAAGGAUUCAUCAGGACCUUCACAAACUUGUGUGCAGCAGCCUGACGGUGGAGAUGAUGGAGACUGUGAGAAAUCAGAGUGUAGCCGAGCCUCAAGGAGGAGACAGCCAUCUAGCUCCAGUGACCUGGACAGUGAUCAAGAGUGGCAAAGGUACCAGGAGGCUGCUGUGUCAGCUGCAGACAUUUUGAAGCAAAGCACUUUUCCUGCUCUGUCCCAGGAUUCCAGCCAGAAUCCAAGUCAGGGUUAUGUAGAGCACAGCCAGAAGAAAAAGAAGAAAAAGAAAAUCAAGGGAGAGAACAAGACUGAAAAGAAAUUAAUAGACUCAGCAGAGUGUGACCAGGUCAGCAAAGAUUUGCCACACUUGUCUGCAAAUGGGCAGCAUAAGAGACAAGACAGCAAUCAUACAGAGAACACAGUGUUGCCCGGAGCUGUGAAGAAGAAGAAAAAGAAGAAGAAAAAAAGUGAAUGAAGGUUUUGCUCUGCAAAUGACAGGUGAUUGUGAUGAAGAAUGCAGAAAAUAAAAACUAAGAGUUGCUGUAGAUGAGUGGAAACUAAUUGGCAGAGCUUUUGUUCAAAAAGUUCAGUGGCUUGAGAGUCUAAUUAAGUGAAUUCCUAUGUUGUUGGCAUCCCUUGCGGAAGGGAACAUUGUUCUAGUGCAGUGUUUACCUAUGCUGCUGCUUAUGCAGACCCAGUGCAAAAGGAUUAAGUACUGCACACAGACUAGUGUGGCAGAGGGAUAUGACCAUAGCUGUAUCCCUCCUGAUCUGUUCUUUCAUGUCCUGAAGCCAAAUCUUGUGUCAUGGAGAGAGUAUAUGAUGAUUUGAAUUUGGUUUACAUGGCAACAGGUGAUCAGUUCCUCUUUGCUUGCUCCUAGAUGCCUACUAAGAAUAGCUCUAGCCUGUGGCAGACUCAUAUAUCAAAAGCAUCCUGGCAGAUGUCAGGGCCCCCUUAUUUUUUUUUCCCCUUGUGAUCAUCAUAACAAUCUGCUGUUGAAACCUGCCAUGUUACUAAUCCCUCUGUAGUCUGCACCUCUUCAGGGCUCCUGCAUAUAAACAAAGGGUGUGCAGUGAGCUUAUUUUGGGAUCGUUACAAAUAAGUAGUUCUGUUCAAGUUGUGUCCUUUGAAAUGUCUUUUCAUAUAGAGUGUUUUCUGUGGCAUUUUUUAUUAAAUCUUACUACGCUGUUA